GACAGCAGGUCUGUGGCAUAGCAGGCAGCACACCACUGGGGGUGGCACGGGAAGGCCUGGAGGCAGCCAGUGUCCAGGGCUCCAAGCACCUGGAGACACUGGAGUGCAGGGCAAAGGCAAGGCUUCUGGGGGAUGGCUGAGCAGCAGAGUCCCCUGGGAAUUCUCCUGCAAGAUCAGAGGACACAGGCUGGAUUCAGAAACAGUGACCCAGAGGCAGGUGGACGGAAGAUCCAGGGACUGACAAGAAGCAAGCUUGUGAUCUGGGCUGAAACUGGUUCCGGACUGACCUCUAACAUCCAGAACCCUGACACAGGACCAUGGGACCUCAGCCUUUGAGACCUGUGCAGCUGCUGUGCCUCCUAGGGGCCAUCUCCACCCUGCCUUGGGCUGGGGCUCUUUUGUGCUAUGAAGCGACGUCCUCACUCUUCAGAGCUGUUCAUUUCCACAACUGGAGAUGGCUUCUUUUGAGGAGCAUGGUGUGUAAGCUGAGGGAGGGCUGUGAGGAGACGCUGGUGCUCAUCGAGACAGGGACCAGAAGGGGAGUUGUGGGUUUUAAAGGCUGCAGCCCAGCCCCAUCUUACCCGCAGCGAGUAUCCUACCUCGUUUCACCGCCUGGAUUGUCCAUUGCCUCCUAUAGCCGCGUCUGCCGGACAUAUCUCUGCAAUAAUCUCACCAACCUGGAUCCUUUUUUGGAACUCAGGAACACUCCUAAGCCUACAGCAUUUUCUUCCCUUAGUUGCCCAACCUGUGUGGGUGAGCACUCUAAGGACUGUCUCCCAAAUUUUGUCACCACCGAUUCUUGCCCCGACGCCGCCUCUAAGUGUUACAGUUCCACCUUAAAAUUUCAGGCAGGGUUUCUCAAUACCACCUUCCUCCUUAUGGGCUGUGCUCGUGAUCAACACAAGAUUUUAGCAGAUUUUCACCAUAUUGGAACCAUCAGGGUGACUGAGACUCUCAACAUCUUACAGAAAGCCCAGAUUGCUGGUGGGGAGCCCUCCAAUCGGGGUCCUGCUUGGUGCAUCCUUGCAGGCCUCCUGCUUGCCUUUAGGGACUGACGAUGUAGCCGACUGGACCAACAUCCAGACCCCUUCACAU